AUGGAAGAGACGUUAUUGGUGAAGGACCACCCUCUAUCUUUGCAGGUCUUACAGCUUACCGAGAGUGUUCUACAUCACAAUCCUCGUUGUCUCGGAGACGCUUCACUGAAGACUAUAAUUCAUACGGUCUCUUCACGGACAUGUCGUGGUUAUGACCUUCACACAUUAUUAUGUCUCGAGGUUUUGGACACUGUGCUUAAAUACAGUGACAUACCACACGAUGAGCUUAUGGCUGUUUUGACAGCUUUCUGUGUAUUGAUGUGCGAUGAAAAAAUUAGAGAACAGGCAUGGUCCCUCGUUAGGGCACUUCUUACUUCUCACAUGGGGCACAGGACUCGAACGGCACUCAUAACUAUACUAAAUGAUUCCGGUGCAGAACGGCGAGAGCAACCCAAUCCUAACGACGAGUGCAACGAGAAGAACAUGAAGAUGGUACUACGCGGAGCUAUAUUCUGUUUAGGAAACGCAAACUGGGGUGCAGGGCAGGUCGAUGCAGUACGUUCGUCACUUGGAAAAAUGAUUGAGCCAUUGCGAAAUGUGGUUCGGAUCGACGAAAUAAUAUGCGCCGGUAAAUGUUCAAACAAGCUCACCUCUUUUGUGUAG